AUGCCAUCCUCGUCCCUAGCGCCCUCUGGACUGGGAUAUCUCGCGCUCAUGUGGCUCCAUGCGUCGCUGGUGGGCUCAAAGGUGACCGUGUUGGAAAGCAAUCGUUUCGUCGAAAGCCAGGCCUCCCUGCCCUUGAUUGCAGCUGAAAUGGUCCAACGUGCAGCACCAGAGCUCAUAUCCAGCGUUCGCGUCCAUCAUGCCCAACACUUGCCUCGGGCCCGACACGAGGCCUGUGGUGCUUUUUAUCACGGCGACGAUGUCCGCAGCGCUGCGCGUCAUUUGCAGCAGAUCCUCAAUCAUACGAGUGGCACCUUGAGCUCGGGCCCUGCCUGCGUCGCGAACUUCAUCUCAUCCAACCCCCGCAACCUUGAGCGGUGGGCAAGCACAUUGACCAAAGUCAUGACUCAAGUGUGCCCAGCAGAUCAAGAAGCUCGGCUGCAAGAGUAUCGCCUGGCCUAUGGCAUUGCGGUCGACCGAUUUGGCCCUCCCGUUGAAGUGGACAUGGAUGCGCGCACAUUGCUCACGCUAGAAGAGCCAGACGAAACGCUCAAAGUGCUGCGCGCAGAGCGACUGGCUGGUCUGCCUGCUGAUGUUUUGCUCGAGCCACCCGAGUUGGGCCUAGGCCGCCCUCCAGCAGCUGCGAGGGUGUCCAUGGAGGAGAAGGAGGCGCAGGCCAAGAAAAUGAAUGUUGCCAUACCAAUUCGAGUGGACAAGCAAAACAAUGCCAGUAUUUGGUCGUCAGAGGCAACCAUGACGGCCUUGUACGUGCUUGAUGUGAUUGAAGCCUCGAGACAUUGGGAGGUUGUGUUGGCAAAUGUGGGCACUGGCGGCCGUGAGGUUUUGACUUUGCGCUUUCGAAACGAUCUACGCGACGAUUCGGACAUGAAUGUUUUCGACAACUCACUCACUCGUGCGCCAGCCACCGCUACCCACUGUGGGUUUCGUUACAGUGCGGACAACGUGACCGAAGCAGUUUGGGCCUUGCAAAAAGCAGUUGCCAGCGUCUACACGAAUGAGAGCGCAAGCAACAAAGAAGUGAUAUCAUCCUGUUUGUGGAACUAUCACACUGAAAAUCCAGAGGUCGUGACAAGCUGGCUGGUGGUGAUGGAAGACUUGCUGGCGCAGCCACGCUCUCAGCAACGAGUGGCGGAGCUUGAGCAGUACCGCCUUGAGCAGAGCCAAACACUAGGACCUGCGACCUCGCCACUUCAAGCUGACCACGAACGUCUGCAGCGAGAGCGAGAAGUAGAACUGGGGUCUGCAUGGUCUCGAAACCGCACCUCCUACACCAUUGGUCUUACCAUGAGGUUGGACGGCCAGCCCAUUGUGUCCUUCCACGAAUGUGAGACCAUCGCUACUACUCCAUUUGCAACCUGCCGGCAAGAGCACCUUGGUUCACGGCGGGGCUUGUUGUAUACGCUUCCACGCACAGCCUUGGCCUUGGACAUUGACGUGUACAUGGAAGUGGGCAUGCAGCUGAGCACGCGCCAAAUCUCACUGGCCCAAUUGAAUGGGGCCAAGGUUGCGACCUAUCGAAGCGGCAAUGAUCACGUCAUGUGCAUCGAGACCAUGUUGUACGAACUUGACCGCUGCUCCAUUUAUUCGGCCACAGGCUACGACGCCAUUUGGACACUUCCGUCUUUUGAUUACCUCGAGGCGCUGGAUACGACCGCUUUCGAGCACGCAAGCUUUGCGACCGUGCCUUUCACGUGGAGCCCGCGCUUCCUGAACUACACGCUGCAGCAAAUGCAAUCUCGACGGUUCUACACGGCACGGGGCCAGGCCAAGCACGUGGGUGUAUUCGAGAGCAAUCUGCAUCUGGUGAAGACCGACAUCAUACCCGUGGCCAUUUUGGAGGCAUUUUAUCGCCGCUAUCCGAAUCUGUUGGCCAAGGCCCAUGUCACGAAUGCCCUCAAGACAAGCGAACACGAGCUGUACAAGAGUUGGCGGGAUCGACGUCUGAGGGCAGCACAAGAUGGCCGUUUGGAGUUCAAGGGUUCGAUCGAUGAUGCGUGUGGAAAUUGGGACGGGAGGCUGGGCUCGGGUCGCAACGGCCGUGUUGCGUGUGACAGGCUUAAAUCUCGUGUGGCAACGCUGGGUAUUUGGGGGCAUGAUCAGGACUGCGGAUUCUAUUAUCCUGCUCGCGACGUGGCUGCUGGCGCCCAGGCCCUCUAUUCGGCAACGACGACGUUUGAUGCAGAGAUGAAAAGUCACUACCAGGCGUAUGCCAAUUGCACCUUUCGACACCUCACUACCAACCCGGACAACGUUCUUGCCUGGGAGCGGGAGCUGGAUCGGCUUGUCCAGCAGCCGCGAGCACUGGGUCGUGAAACAGCCCUGCGAGAGUGGGCCCUACACAACGCGCACGCCCUGCAGCUCCUGGUGACGCCGUCGGAUCUGGGUCGACAAUUGCUCGAUGCUCUGGCCUCACAACCUGACCGCGUCGCCAACAGCUCGGAGUUGGCAGCCACGUCACCGCCACUACCACCGUCAAAGGGCCCAAAUGCCAUUCCUGAGUCCGUUGAGGGCGCAGGCGACGAGGGCCUGGCCGAUCCAUCUGGCACCGUGCCCAAGGAGCCAGAUCAGGGGGUUCGCGAAGCUGCAGCUGAACUAGAGACUGAGGAGCCCAUGGCCCAGAGUGCACCUAAACUGGCUGGUCUUGAGGCACGUCUGGCCCACCGCCAUGACCAACAGCAAGAAUCCCAACAGCAGGUGCUUGACUUCUUGGCUGACUUUUAG